CUCUGACAUCAGCACGCCAAAGCCGAAAAUUUCUUGGGUGUCGAAUUAAAAUAGUUUGUCUGUCUGCCUGUGUCAUUUAAAUCAAUUGGGAAGUUCUUGGAGUCAGCGUUUAAAGUGUCCAGCAACGUACCAAGCGAAAGCGGCAACCCAACACGCAUGUCGCAGCCUCCCGAUGGCAUCGGCCAAAUUGGGUACACUUUAAAAUCCAAUGCAGGCCUACACGAAUCUGGAUUCCCAGACGACUACACUUCCACAUUCGCCAGUUCUGGCCAGGAGAAGAGACAGCAGAUCUACAACCUUGUCGACACCACAUCUAGCAUUGUGCUGCAAUAUGAUUUACUGCAGGAGCCGCAGCGGCCAUCCGCAAUAGAGCAGCGGAACAUACCUAUACAGAUACACUACCAGCAGGCGGAGGAGCCCCAGAUACAGCCCGAUGAAUACGCACAAGAAUCGCAACCUGAAAACUACACCGAACUUUUGAACUACGUCCAGACGGACCUCCCGAUUGAGAGCUACGCCAAUGAGUUAGCUGACCAGCAGCAGUUUCAAGUUAGCUUCGAUUAUAACUUUCACAUGCCAGAUGGUGAGCAACACCAGAUUCCUGAUCAUAAUCAAAACCUCAUCGAGCAAGCGACUCUUGCGCACUCAAUACCCGAACCAGAAGAAGAACAUAAAUUCACCAGCAAGGAAAAUAUUCCUUACUAUGUGGAGUUUCCAGUAGAGUAUGAUCAGUUUAAAUUCGCAGAUCAAGAAAAGAAACUGGUCGCCAAGCCGGAGCAGAAACAGUCAGUAGCCGAAAAGCAGUUCAUUUUAGGAAUUCAGAAGAAGGAGCUUGCCUUUGAUCUCUACCAGAAGGAGAUUACUCACUCGAAGCAGCUGCCAAGAGACGGAAAUCGGUUCGGUUCAGCAAAUCAGGAUAACCUCCUGCUGCAGCAGUACCAGAAACUGAGUUCUUAUCUGGAGCAGUUUCCACUUCAGUACAGUUCUGCUCAUCAGGAGGAGAAGCUUGUGCUGGAUCAGUACCAGAAACUGAUUUCUUAUCUGCAGCAGUUUUUAGCAGUUCAAAAUCGGUUUAGAUCGGCAAAUCGGGAGAAGGACAUCGUGUUGGAGGAGUACCAGAAACUGACUUCUUAUCUGGAGCAGUUUUUAAAAGCUCAAUAUCAGUUCAGAUCAGCAGAUCAGAGGAAGGACCUUGUGUUGAAGCAGUACGUGCAACUGAUUUAUUAUCUGGAGCUAUUCUUGGGAGGUGAAAAUCAGCUCGGAUCAGCAGAUCAGGAGGAGGAGGAGCUUUUCGUCGAGCAAAACCAACUGGAAGCAGAGAAUUACCCAGACCCUGAACGUGUUAAUUUUUUGUUGGACUUUGCGAAUUGUAGCGACUACGCAUACUAUACAGAACCCGAAACCCAUUCUAUCCCGCUUGAAAGCAUAGCCGUCAAUGUCCACAACAGUGUCACGUUCCUGCGCAAGAGCUGCGAACGCCUGAGAGCCGAACCCGAACCGGAACAAUUGGAGAUCAUCGGACUCCUAGCUCUGCGCGAAAAGCUGAUCAAUGUCUGCGAGCAACUAAUAGACGAUCCCCAUCCGGGAGCUUGGCCUGUGAUUGAGGAAGUCAUCCGGGGCACUGAAAGCGUUUCGAUAUUCGACAAAAAAGUGGGAAAAGUUUGGACAAACAUAAAUAGUAUUGUGCAAACCGAUCCGAUGGGUUUAGAUCUAUUGACCCGUAUCCGCAAAUUAAUAACCGGCUGGUACAAUAACGACACAAAAUCGGAGCAGGAAGAGGCGGGCUCCGGAUCGGGUCCCAUUGGGGACCAACAACAGCGGAACAGCCGUAAGCGACGCAUUGCGGAGGACGAACCGCCAUUGAUCAAAUACCGUCGCGUGGACAACUCCUUUCCGCGCUUCAUACCGAAUGAGGCUGCCGAGGACCCCUUGCCCAAUAAAUCCAUGGCUGAACGUGAACGGGAGAAGGAAAAUCAGCGGCAGCAAGCCUGCAAGCGGCUGUCCAUAUUCAAUGCACCGACGCUCACGCAGCAGCGCGUCCGCAGCAAUGCAUCUAACAUAAAUAUUGAUCUGUCGGACGACGAUGAGCCGGUGCCGUCGUUUGGCCUGGGUGCUUCCUAUAAACCACCGGCCCCGACUCUCCGCACCAGCAUGAACUCGGAUGCCGCCACCUCGAACUCAUCGCUGCCGAUGCGCUCCCAAAUGCUAUAUUCAGAUGCCGUACGCCUGGGACAGAACGGCUUUCCCGAAAGCCGUAUGAAUGGACAUCCCAGCCCCAUAAGACCGCCCGUACAUCGCGUGAACAGUAUUCUCGAUUUGGAGAAUCUUCGUAUGGAGCGCGAGCAUUACCUCUCUUUGCUGCGCAAUGUUUGCCACGACCAAUCCUCGAUUCGUGCUAUAAACAAAUCGAAGCCGCCGCCGCUCCAGCUGCUGCACAAAUCCGCCGACCGUUCCACCACCUGGGGUUCCAUCUUGGCCAACAAUAAGCCAGCUCCAUCGCGGCCACAGCUGUUGCCGCCGCAGCAGCAGCCGCGACCACAGCCGCCACGGCAGCAGCAUUACCAGCAGCCGCCGCCGCCGCCGCCGCUGAAACCGGUUGGUAGCCAGCCUAACCGUGAAUUUUUGAAGUAUGCCAAGCUUCUGGAUCGAGAGCAGCAGAAGAAUAAGCCGGCACCGCCGCCGCUUAAACGCUUGGAUAGCGGUAGCGCCAAGAGCAUUACCAGUCAUGCCUCCACAAUAUCCAUCUCAGAGAGCACAUCGAGUUCCUCUAAUAGCUCAACUGCUUCCGAUGUAGUCCUGGCCAAUAAUGUUAGUUCCAAUGUACAGGCUCCUGCUCCCCGGACCAGCCACACUGGCGCUUCUCCUUCGAGGACUUCGGACAAUGAUAUUUCAACAGUGUACAAGCUUGAGAUGGAGAAACGCAAAGCGAACUGCGUUUACCUUAGGGACAAUUACGCCGAUGAGUUUAUGGAAAGAAGUGACAAAAGGCGCAAGGAGUUAGCAUGCCAUCGUGAACUGGUCGAAUUGCAAGUUGAAAAGACGGAGAAGAUGCGCCGUGACUAUGAGCAAAGCCUACGCUCGAGGUUGUUCCAGUUUCGUAUUGCUCACACGCCGAUCCUGGUUGUCGAGCCAAUUCAGUACGAAGACGAAAUCAAAGAAAAGAAGGAGCCUAAGUUUAUUCCGUUCACCGACGAGCAUAUGACCCAAUUUAACAAUCUGAUUAAUGGUAAUCCUCAUCAGGUGGUCAGUUCCAAGUUUAAUCUGCAAAUCACUCGCAACGACAUCCGCACAUUACUCGGCAGCAGCUGGCUUAACGAUGAGGUCAUCAACUUCUAUAUGAACCUCCUGACCGAGCGCUCAGAGAAACGCUCUGGCGAGCUGCCCAGCGUUUAUGCGAUGAAUACAUUCUUUGUGCCGCGCCUGCUGCAGAACGGACACGCCGGUGUGAAGCGCUGGACGCGCAAAGUAGAUCUAUUCAGCAAGGACAUUAUACCGGUGCCAGUGCACUGUAACGGCGUCCACUGGUGCAUGGCCAUCAUUCACAUGCGCAACAAGACUAUUCGCUACUACGACUCGAUGGGCAAGCCCAACCAGGACGUGCUGGACGCACUGGAGUCGUACUUGCAACAGGAGUCACUUGACAAACGCAAGCAGCCCUUCGAUACGAGCGACUUCAAGAUCGAGAGCGUGCCGAAUGUGCCACAACAGACCAAUGGCAGCGACUGCGGCGUCUUCAGCUGCAUGUUCGCCGAGUACAUAUCGCGCGACGCACCGAUCACCUUCUCCCAGGAGAACAUGGACUACUUCCGCAAGAAGAUGAUCCUUGAGAUUUCCGACGGCAAGCUGUGGAACUAAUCGCCACUCUACACCGGGAACCUAAUUUAAGUUUGAGCAACCUAAGCUGUAGCGUACGAUAAGCAACGCGUAAAGCGUAACUUUGGGGGGGAUAUUAAUUUAUUAAAUAGCUAAGUAUGUCCGAGGUCAGAAACAGCAGAAAAUUUAUAUAUAUAGAAAACCUCUGGGAAAUAACCAUUGAGCCGAGUCCCUCCCAACACUCGAACUCAUUCCUGUGAGGAAUAUUUUUUCAAAUCAUAUGUAUAAAAAGACACGGGACACUGAAGUCGAAAACAAACAAAUAAAUGCAUACAUCCAUAUUGUAACA